GCAGCAGCAACAACACCAACAACAGCAGCAGCAGCAGCAACAACAACAGUUUUCAGCCACGAUAGCGACGAGCACUAGACAACAAAAACAGCAACAACACGGCCACAACAUGUUGUACACGCUGAGCAAAGCAACAACAAGAAUUCGACUCAAAAGACAGCAGCAGCAGCAGCAGCAGCAGCAACCAGCAGUAGCAAUAAAAACAAUAAAAGUAGCUCAGCAACAUCGCUGGCUUUGGAUUUUAACAUUUCUCGCUGCAUUUUGCGCACAGCAUGCGCAUGGCGCCGAUCUAGCCAUAAGCAUUCCGAACAAUCCGGGCCUUGAUGAUGGCGCCUCAUAUCGGCUGGAUUAUAGUCCGCCCUUUGGCUAUCCGGAGCCAAACACAACAAUCGCCUCACGGGACAUUGGCGAUGAGAUUCAAUUCUCGCGCGCUCUGCCCGGCACCAAAUACAAUUUCUGGCUCUAUUACACAAACUUUACGCAUCACGAUUGGCUCACGUGGACGGUGACCAUUACGACAGCGCCCGAUCCGCCCUCAAACUUGUCAGUGCAGGUGCGCAGCGGGAAGAAUGCGAUCAUAUUAUGGUCACCGCCCACACAGGGCAGUUAUACGGCAUUCAAGAUCAAGGUGCUGGGCCUGUCGGAGGCAUCGAGCAGCUACAAUCGCACCUUCCAGGUCAACGACAAUACAUUCCAGCACAGUGUCAAGGAGCUGACACCGGGCGCCACAUACCAGGUCCAGGCCUAUACCAUUUACGACGGCAAGGAAUCUGUUGCAUAUACGAGUCGCAAUUUCACGACAAAGCCCAAUACGCCGGGGAAGUUCAUAGUGUGGUUUCGUAAUGAGACGACACUGCUGGUGCUAUGGCAGCCACCGUAUCCAGCUGGGAUUUACACCCACUACAAGGUUUCAAUAGAGCCGCCCGAUGCCAACGACAGUGUGCUCUAUGUGGAGAAGGAGGGCGAGCCUCCGGGUCCAGCGCAGGCGGCAUUUAAGGGCCUCGUGCCGGGUCGUGCCUACAACAUUUCUGUGCAGACCAUGUCCGAGGAUGAGAUAUCGCUGCCGACAACUGCACAAUAUCGUACGGUACCGUUGCGACCGUUAAAUGUAACAUUCGACAAGGAUUUCAUUACGUCCAACUCGUUCCGGGUGCUGUGGGAGGCGCCUAAGGGCGUCUCAGAGUUCGACAAGUAUCAGGUGUCGGUGGCGACCACUCGUCGCCAGUCGACAGUCGCCCGCAGCAAUGAGCCGAUCGCCUUUUUCGAUUUCCGUGACAUCGUCGAGCCCGGCAAGACGUUCAAUGUGAUUGUGAAAACGGUCUCCGGCAAGGUGACCUCGUGGCCAGCCACAGGCGAUGUCACCCUGCGACCCCUGCCCGUACGUAAUCUGCGCAGCUUCAACGAUGACAAGACGAACACAAUGAUUAUCACCUGGGAGGCGGAUGCGGCCAGCACACAGGACGAGUAUCGCAUUGCCUAUCAUGAAUUGGAGACGUUCAAUGGCGAUACGAGCACCCUGACCACAGAUAGCACUCGGUUUACGCUGGAGAGUCUGUUGCCUGGUCGCAAUUAUUCGCUUUCCGUUCAGGCCGUGUCCAAGAAAAUGGAAUCGAAUGAGACGAGCAUCUUUGUGGUCACCCGACCCUCAUCGCCCAUCAUUGAGGAUCUGAAGAGCAUACGCAUGGGCCUGAAUAUCAGCUGGAAGAGUGACGUCAACUCCAAGCAGGAACAGUACGAGAUUCUCUACUCGCGCAACGGCACCAGCGAGGUGCGCACCCUCAUCACCAAGGAAUCCCGAUUGGUCAUCAAGAAUCUGCAGCCGGGCGCUGGCUACGAACUGAAGGUGUUUGCCGUUAGUCACGAGUUGCGCAGCGAGCCGCACGCCUACUUCCAGGCAGUCUUUCCCAAUCCGCCGCGCAACAUGACCAUUGAAACGGUGCGUAGCAACUCGGUGCUGGUGCAUUGGUCACCGCCGGAAAGCGGCGAGUUCACAGAGUACUCCAUACGCUAUCGCACAGACAGCGAACAGCAAUGGGUGCGACUGCCCAGCGUACGGUCUACGGAGGCGGACAUCACCGACAUGACCAAGGGGGAGAAGUAUACGAUACAGGUGAACACGGUCAGCUUUGGUGUCGAGAGUCCAAAUCCGCAAGAGGUCAACACAACCGUUCCACCGAAUCCAGUUUCAAAUAUCAUUCAAUUGGUUGACUCGCGCAACAUAACACUAGAGUGGCCAAAGCCGGAGGGACGUGUGGAAUCCUACAUCCUUAAAUGGUGGCCCAGUGACAAUCCCACUCGUGUCCAGACCAAGAACGUCUCGGAAAACAAAUCGGCGGAUGAUUUGUCAACGGUGCGAGUCCUAAUUGGUGAUCUGAUGCCGGGUCUGCAGUACAAGUUCGAUAUACAGACGACCUCCUAUGGCAUACUCUCCGGCAUAACGAGCCUAUAUCCGCGCACCAUGCCGCUCAUUCAAUCCGAUGUGGUUGUGGCCAACGGCGAGAAGGAGGACGAACGGGACACGAUAACGCUCAGUUAUACACCCACACCGCAGUCCUCGUCCAAGUUUGAUAUCUAUCGGUUCUCGUUGGGCGAUGUGGAGAUUAAGGACAAGGAGAAAUUGGCCAAUGAUACCGAUCGGAAGGUGACCUUCACCGGUUUGAUACCCGGUCGCCUUUACAACAUCACCGUGUGGACGGUGAGCGGGGGUGUGGCCAGUUUACCAAUACAGCGGCAAGAUCGCCUCUAUCCGGAGCCCAUAACCCAGUUGCAUGCAACGAAUAUCACGGAUACGGAGAUUUCACUACAUUGGGAUGUGCCCAAGGGCGAGUACAAUGACUUCGAUAUCGCCUACCUCACGGCCGAUAAUCUGCUGGCCCAGAACAUGACCACACGGAACGAGAUCACCAUCAGCGAACUUCGUCCGCAUCGCAACUACACCUUCACCGUGGUCGUACGCUCCGGCACAGAAUCCUCUGUGCUACGCAGCAGUGCACCGCUCUCGGCUAGCUUCACCACCAACGAGGCUGUGCCCGGUCGUGUGGAGCGCUUCUAUCCGAUGGAUGUCCAGCCGAGUGAGAUAAACUUUGAGUGGUCGCUGCCAUCGAGCGAGGCAAACGGCGUCAUCCGACAGUUCUCGAUCGCCUACACGAACAUUAACAAUCUGACGGAUGCGGGCAUGCAGAACUUUGACUCCGAGGAGUCUGUUGGCGUUAUCAAGAAUUUGAAGCCGGGCGAGACAUAUGUGUUCAAGAUCCAAGCAAAAACCGCCAUCGGCUAUGGUCCGGAGCGUGAGUACAAGCAAACGAUGCCAAUUCUGGCACCGCCCCGACCAGCUACACAGGUGGUGCCGACCGAGGUUUAUCGCAGCUCGUCAACCAUUCAGAUACGGUUCCGCAAGAACUACUUCUCCGAUCAGAACGGCCAGGUGCGCAUGUACACAAUUAUUGUCGCCGAGGACGAUGCGAAGAACGCUUCCGGCCUAGAGAUGCCCAGUUGGCUGGAUGUACAAUCGUACAGCGUGUGGCUGCCCUACCAGGCCAUCGAUCCGUAUUAUCCAUUUGAGAAUCGUUCCGUCGAGGACUUUACCAUUGGCACUGAAAACUGCGACAACCACAAGAUCGGUUAUUGCAAUGGACCCCUCAAAUCGGGCACCACCUAUCGCGUCAAGGUGCGCGCCUUCACCGGACCCGACAAGUUCACGGACACCGCCUAUAGUUUCCCCAUCCAAACCGAUCAAGACAAUACGUCGCUUAUUGUGGCCAUUACCGUGCCAAUGACUAUUAUCCUGGUGCUGCUGGUCACCCUUGUAUUUUACAAGCGACGUCGCAACAACUGCCGCAAGACCACAAAGGACUCUCGUGCCAAUGAUAAUAUGUCGCUGCCGGACAGUGUCAUCGAACAGAAUCGUCCCAUUUUGAUCAAGAACUUUGCUGAACAUUAUCGCCUCAUGUCCGCCGAUUCGGACUUCCGGUUCAGCGAGGAGUUCGAGGAGCUGAAGCACGUGGGUCGCGACCAGCCCUGCACGUUCGCCGAUCUGCCUUGCAAUCGACCCAAAAAUCGAUUCACCAACAUUCUACCAUACGAUCACUCGCGCUUCAAACUCCAGCCGGUUGACGAUGACGAGGGCUCCGACUACAUCAAUGCCAACUAUGUGCCCGGCCACAAUUCGCCGCGCGAAUUUAUUGUCACCCAGGGACCGUUGCACUCGACCCGCGACGACUUCUGGCGCAUGUGCUGGGAGAGCAACUCCCGUGCGAUUGUCAUGCUGACCCGCUGCUUCGAGAAGGGACGGGAGAAGUGCGACCAGUACUGGCCCAACGACACGGUGCCCGUCUUUUACGGCGACAUCAAGGUACAAAUACUCAACGACAGCCACUACGCCGACUGGGUGAUGACCGAGUUUAUGUUGUGCCGGGGUAGUGAGCAAAGGAUCUUGCGUCACUUCCAUUUCAUCACGUGGCCGGACUUUGGCGUACCGAAUCCGCCGCAGACGCUGGUGCGUUUCGUUCGCGCGUUCCGGGAUCGCAUCGGUGCCGAGCAGCGUCCCAUUCUGGUGCACUGCAGCGCUGGCGUUGGCAGAUCGGGCACCUUCAUAACGCUGGAUCGCAUACUGCAGCAGAUCAAUACGUCCGACUAUGUCGAUAUCUUUGGCAUUGUCUAUGCCAUGCGCAAAGAGCGCGUUUGGAUGGUGCAAACGGAGCAGCAGUACAUCUGUAUCCAUCAGUGCCUGCUGGCUGUGCUCGAGGGCAAAGAGAAUAUUGUGGGUCCCGCUCGCGUCAUGGAUGAUAAUGAGGGCUUUGAAGAUGACGAGGGCAUUGCGGAAUCGGGCAUGUAGAGAGGGAGGCACAACAGUAGCAGUAGCAACAGCAGCAGCAGCAGCAACAGCAGCAGCAGCAACAACAACAGCAACAGCAGCAGCAACAACAACAGCAACAACAACAACAACAACAACAACAAGAACAACCCGAACAACCCCAUUGGGCAAACUACACAAUUAAAUUUACUUAAGAGUAACUCAAAACAAAGCAACGCUUGAUAUUAUUCUCGAUAUAGCAUAUAUACACAUAUAUAUAUAUAUAUAUUAUAUAUUAUACUAUAUACAAAUACGUACAACUCGUAUGGAUUGGAUGCGCUAUAUACAAACAACAUUAUAUUUAAAUAUACAUAUUUGACAAAUAUUAAGGAAAAACAAAGCAAUCCAAUUUUGUGGCCUGUUCCGGAUAUCAUUCGAUACCCAACAUGCAAUAUAUUUAUUUACUAACCGCUCGAGUUCAGAUAUUUUUUUAU